AUGUCUACCGUCUACCUCCUCCUCCUGCUGCUCCCUCUGGUCUCAGCGCAGACCUAUCACUGGGGUCCCUGUCCCACUCCGAAGGUGCAGCCCGGCUUCAACCUUCAGCAGUACCUGGGCAGGUGGUACGAGAUUGAGAAGCUUCCUGCUUCCUUCGAGAGGGGAAAGUGCAUUGAGGCCAACUACGGCAUAAGGAGAGAUGGUACCAUCCAGGUGCUGAACACUCAGUUCUAUAAAGACAAGCUGAGGAAGGCAGAAGGGACAGCAGUGGUUCAUGACCCAAGAGAACCGGCCAAACUUGGCGUCAGCUUCUCUUAUUUUACUCCCUACAGCCCAUACUGGGUUCUGACCACCGACUACACCAGCAUGGCCGUCGUGUACUCCUGCAUCGACAUCCUCCGCCUGUUCCACAUCGACUACGCCUGGAUCCUCAGCCGCUCACGCUUCCUGCCCUACGAGACCGUGAGCUAUGCCAAAGAGCUGAUGAUCAACGAAGGAAUCGACCUGUUCAGGAUGAAAGCUACGGAUCAGAAAGGCUGCAAGGACAACUAGGGAGUCCUGGAGACUUCCACCCACAGGGAUAUUACUGUGUAUUAUAAACAUACUGGACUCAUAUUAUUUUAAGAAGAUGCAGAUUUGGGUCAGAGAGCAAGAUACUGCCCUGCAGAACCUUUACUCAUAUUCAGUUUUUUUUAAAAUUUCUAUUGGAACUCACCAAACUUUGAUUUUUUUGAAUUUUAGAGAUGCUAAAAAAUAAAGCAUGUGAGGAGAAAAAUAUAUUCAGUAACUUGAUAAAAUGCACACAUUAAAUAUUUGAUUAUUUGAUAUAAAAAUGUGUUUUUUUGUAUUAAAUCAAUACUGCAGCUCGUACUGCAAUUACAUUAGCAACCAAAUCUCAGUAUGAUUUACUUUAAUUUUUACAGUAUAAUCUAAAUAUCUCUGUGUUAUAACUGUCUCUUAUAUCUCUGACAGGCUAAUAUAUUCACAAAAAACAAGUUCAGUCUUUGUUUUAAUAUAUUUUUCUAUUUUAUCUCUGCAGUAGCUGCUCUGUACUUUAAAAGGGGGAACUGAAUUUGUCAAAACUACAUCAAGACAAGUUCUCAGUUAAAUGUGUUGUUAUAUAAUAAUACAUAUUGCAAUUACAGUAUGUAAUAUUUUCUUUUUUUUCAUACUCUUACACCACAUUUUACCUAAUGUAAAAUAACGUGGUGGAUAAUGUUGCAAUUAAACGUCAUAUUCUUGGUGAUUGAAAAAAACAUGGAGGUGGGUUCUAUAGUAUGUCAAUUAAAGCUGUUUUCAUCAGCAGAUCUAAUGGUUUAACUGUGUUUAUGUGGUGAACGUUGUUCAUUGAGGAUAGAAGAAGAACAAAGACAGGAGGCUGUUUGAAUGCUUAAGUGAUUGUCUGUGUGCACAAAUAAGAUGCACUUUAAAGAUAUGUUGUGUUUAAAGGUCAGUUUCAAUAGUAGGAGUAAAACCAUAUAAAAUAGAAUACUUUAUCAUCAGUAAAGAUAAUAGUUAUCAUUUUAGGCAAUGGCUUUAACUACGGGAACACAUGAGGUCAUAAACGUUUCUGUAAAAUGAGUUUCGGCCAUAAUGUUUUAUGUGCCAGGUGCUCUUGAGCAAGGCACACAUCCUCAAGUAGAAGCUCCUCACAAACAGGGACUAAUGUGUUGCUCAGCAACGUAAAAAAUACAUUUAAAAAAACAGAUUUUUGGUGUGAAAUCUUCUCUGAUGACAAACACGUGG